AGCGGACGGGCGCCCGCAGUGGUCGUGUGUUCGCCGGGAGCCGACAGCUCGCGAGGGUUUGUCCGUGUGACUCGUGUCGCCCUGUGAGGCGGCGGCUAUGGACGUAGCUGGACCGUGAAGUGCUCUCGCUCGUCGUGGUGUGCGGGGCUGAGCGAUGCGGGCGCCGGUCGCGUGCGUGGCGGCGGCGGCGGCGCUUCUGUUGGCGGCGGCGCCUGGCGGCCGGGCGGCGCCAGGCGAGACCUCGCCGCUCCAAGGCGAGGUGUGGUGCUUCUGCAACCUGCCGCAGUGCGUGACGACCAGCUACAUGUGCAAGUCGCGGGGCGCCGGCUGCUUCUCCGACCUGUCCAGCUUCCAGGACGUGUACGAGGCGCUCCACGGCUGCGUGGACAUGCUGGACAGGGAGAGGCAGCAACAGUGCGCCGCCAGGCCCGGCGCGGACUCCGCCCCGCGGCUGCGCUGCUGCCACCGGGACAUGUGCAACCACGUGGACAGCCCGGAGAUACACUUCAUGUACAACGACUCCUUGCUGGGGUCGGCCAACUCGAGCGAGACCACGCACCUGUACCUCAACAACCUGCCGCGCGCCGGCGGCAACGAGGCGUGGUUCAAGGUGGCGACCAUCGUCGUGCCGAUCCUGGGAGCCGCGAUCCUGCUGCUGCUGGUGGGGCUGGCCCUGAGGAUCCUGCGCAAGGAGCACGACCGCCUGGCCAGGCACGGUGCGCUCUUCAAGCAGCAGCAGCCGCAGCCGCCGCGCUACCCGGGGGAGCCCUUCUCCAAGCGGGCGCCGCUGCUGCUGCUGCGGCACCAGAACGAGGUGUCCGCCGGCGCCGGUCGAGCGCUCGACAAGAACGCCGCCCGCGCCAAGCUCAACUCUCCGCCUCCCCCGGACUACUCGCUGCUGGCGCCCUUGCACCGGGACUCGAACCUGCGCAAGGCGGAACACGCCUCGUACCGCGACGUGAACCUCACGCUCGCGAUCCCGCCCUGCGGCACGGCCGGCAAGCUCUACGACAAGCACCACGUGGGGUCGUGGGGCGAGGUCCCGCGGUCCGCGAGCCACGUAUAGCGACCGCCCGCUCACUCGCUCCCGCCUUGUACAUACUACUGUACAUUGUUCCGUGUUUCCAGACAUUUGUUUACGAAUGACAACUAUUGCAUUUUUUUUACGUGCAUCACCAUGCUAUUUUUUUUUUUUUUUAAGGUUGCGUGGUAAGCACACCGUUGAAAAACCCAUUGUAAAUAAUUUGACUUUAUUUCGGAUAGAAUGUAUUGUUUUCCCAACAGGUUAUUGCAUGUUCCUUACAACACAUUCUCAUAUUGAAGAUGUACAAAAGUAAUUUUCCACAAAAAAUUAAUUAAAUUUUCUCUAGAAGCAAUUCUUCCAGAUGAAAGGAUAUGAGGAUUACCAACCUUAGGCAGAUAUCAUCUGUGGAUUUGUAUAAAAAAAAAACACUGGCAUUCGUCGUUGAUACUGCUUGGAAACCUCUUGUUAAAACUGAUGUAAGAUGUAUCAGCAUAAGGGUGAUUAAUUAGAAUAGUGUUUGCCAUCUAUUAACUUCCUUCUUAAUGCCUGUUGUUUAAUGUGGAAGGGUGUAAUUGUAAGGGACACGCAGUUGCUGCAAUUUACUUUUACAGCAUGUAGCUUAAACCAGUUGACAAGAUGCGAAGUAUUACAGUUGUAAAGAUCAUGCAACCAUACCAGACAGUGAAACUGUAUUUUUGAUGAUUGUUAUGAUCAUGGUCAAGGCUUCUGGAAGGCUAAUAAUAUUCCAUGUAACACCAUGGUAUGGAGAACUGUAACAGACGCAUGGAAAACUUCAAGCCAAUUUUGGUCUGAGUGCAUACAUUAUUUACACCCAGGUGUAAGCUACAUCUGGCACUUAUGUAUUUAGUACAUCAGGUAAAAAAAAAAAUCACAGUGAUGAUACAUUUUUAUAUUAUUCCUUAGUGGAAAUGUACAAUUUUUUAGCUUUGCCUUUAUGUACUGCAGUAAGAAGUAUUUUGAAGUACAUGAAACUAACCAAAGAUGUUGCCCCCAAGUUUUUUUAUACUCUUGAUUGAUGACUAGAUGUUUUCCAGUUGUGUCAGUACAAGACUGACUGAAAAACUGAUGCACAGAGACUGAGAAGUCUGCCAUUUUUUUUCCCUAAACAUUAGUUGGAAGCACAUGUGUACUUUGCUAGGUUAUGUGUUAAAAGAAGUGUCUUGUUAGUAAUGAUAACCAGUUAAAUUGCUGCAUUUAAUUUACACUGGUUAACACAUAGCUCAAUUAUGUGUUCCUGUUCUUUUUGAAUAUCAGCUAGUAAAACUGCUUGCUUCUUUGACAAUAAUUUGUAUUUUAAAUCCCUGAUCAUGGAGAUGUAAUUGCUUCCUUGAUUUGUUAUGAAGUUAGCAUUAAAUUCAGACAGCAAAACAUUUAUUGAUUAAAAACAAACUGAAAAAUUAGUAAAGUACCUUAGUGAACUUGAAUGAGCAAUAUAUAAAAUUAUUACAAAUACAGGUAUGCAGUGACUUACAAAACACUAAGUUAUUUUAACAGAUGUGCCAUGACAUUCAUGUGUUCAUUCACCACCUAAUUUUUCAUCUUAAUCACCAACAUAUUUUGAGCCAUGUACACAUUUAUACAAAGAAAGUUUAAACACAUAACAGAGCAAAAAGAUAACAAUUAGACCUCAAUUUUUAUGUCACAUUUUUGUGUGCUUUGUAAAAAAAAAAUAAUUACAGCCAUUUUCUAAGACUAUUCUAUGGAUUUGUGAUGAAAUGAGCUCAGGAACAGGUUUAUUUGGACCAUUCUGGACUAAUAUGUUGUCCAAAUGAACAAAUGCUGUCGAAUUGUAGACUAGUUAGCAUUGUAUGUAAAAUAAAAUAGAAAUUAUAUUGGAAUAGGCCUUAUAAUAAAAUUCCAAUUUACAUGUACAAAAAUUGUUUGCAAGUAUGUGUGCAUGUUUACCUGCUUCCCAUGUAGCAGUUCAUAACUAAUUACCCAUGUAUGUCAAUCAAUAGUUACAAACAAUUGCCAGAAUACAUGUAUUAGCACAACUUGCUUUUGCAUACAAAUUUUUUGCAACAUAGACUUUAAGAAAGAGCAUUAGUCUAUCCAAAGUGAUAAAAUCUAAGCAGUGCAUUGCCAUACCAAUCUUUAAAAACAAAUAACUUUAUAGAAUAAAGUAUAUUUAUACAUAGUACAAAGAUGUGUGUAUUCAGUGAAUUGUAAUGCUUUUCUCCAAAAUGUAUGCAUAAGUGAUUUAUAACUGCGACCAAUAAAAAAAAAUUAGUCUUGUUUUACAGGUAGGUACUUCACUGAAUUUUAACAUUGUAACUAACAAAUCAGUAUGAGAAUGUAAACUUGUAAAUUUUCCCAUUUGAAAAUUUCCAUGUUUCUAAUUUUAUAGUGUCUUCUUGCAUGGACCAUCUCAAUAGUAUGUAUCUUCCUAAGACCACAACUAUGAUUUUUUAGGUUAAUUUUUAAUUAAUUAUCAACAGAAAAUGCUAAAACUUGUGAGCUCAUCAUGUGUAAGUAGCAAGUGCAUUUUUACAGGGAUAAUUAUACUGUAAAAUGAUUGUCCAACAUUUGGGAAGUCACAUAGAAGCACAUUGCUCAAUGUCAUUUGAAUUCCCAGUCAGGUGUAAAGUUUAAAGUGCAUUUUUAGCAGCUUUGUGUAUAGUGUGAAAUAGUUCGAAAGAGCACUUGAGUGUAUCUUGUCUUAUUUAUUUUAUAUUUUGUGGAAAUGUCACACCUGCAGAGACUAGAUUUAAACUGCCUCUUUCCAAAACAUUGUUUCUAGAUCUGGAAUAGAAAGGCUGUGAUAAACUUGAAGGCCUUUUAGUAAUUUUGUAUGUCGUUAAUAAGUGCUUCCUCCAACUAUGUAAUUAUGUAAAGUUUUGCUAGGUAGCAAUAUUGUAACUAUGUUUACUGUGAUGACCAUUGUAAAUUUGAAACUUUGUGCUAGAGCUAAAAAAAAUAUUUUUACAGGUAAUAUUUGUAAUUGAAUAUAAAAAAAAAGUGUUUCUAUUUAUUACUGCUAAAAUAAAACAUCUGCGGAAAUUA